CGUCCAGGGUACUCCGUCACGAGCAGCCCCGCGGAAUUCAAGUGGAAAAGCGCCCCAGCCUGUCAGCUGUCUUAUCUGAGAACAACGCGCCUAAACCCCAGUCCGCGGUCGACACUUCCCGCUUGCUGGAACUGGGCUUCGAAUAUUUCGCUUCAAAGUGGGGCAGGAACCGACAAACUUCGCGGAGUUUCUUAAGAAUACCACCAACUAAAACUUGCCUGCCGCCAUGAUGAGGGUGAUGCUGGCCCUAGUAUGCGUCGCAGUGGCUGCGUCCUACCCAACGGACACCCCGAUCUCCGAGCAGCAGAACAAUGAACUCGCCACGCCAGACGACGCCGGCGCACUGGGCGACGACUGUGAGUUUGAGGACGUGUCACCACCAACAACAAAGAGAAGACAAGAAGAUGAGGACAAACCCGCUCCAGUUCAUCGGCACUGCUCCAGUCGGAUCUACCUAAAUUUACCGGAGGAGGAAGAUACCGCCCUUCCAAGACUUGGACGAGGAGGAAGGCCGAAUUACAACUUCGUAAGAUUCGGUCGUGGUGGAAAGAACGACAACUUUGUUAGAUUCGGUCGGGGUGGCAAACAGGAUAACUUCAUACGGUUCGGUCGCGACAGGUCCGACAACUUCGUACGACUUGGACGAACAAGAGCGGACAAUUUCAUAAGAUUCGGGCGUGGAAAACAGGAAAAUUUCAUCCGCUUUGGGCGAGACAAACAAGGCAAUUUCAUUCGGUUCGGCAGAGGAAUGAAAAAUAGCGAUGAUAACGACGAAACUUUCAGACUUGAGGACACGGACGUAAACCCCGAAAACGAAUUCUCCGCCAGCAGUAAUUUGAGGGUUGGGCGUAGCGGGAAGUCGGAGGGCGACUUCAUUCGUUUCGGCAGAGCCCGACCCAGCAAUUUCAUUCGGUUAGGUCGUGGAGACGAUGAUCUUAGACAACCGAAAGAAGGGGGUACAGGGAGGAGCGAGAUCGCGAGAUACGGUCGGCAAACAUACGACGAUAACUUCGUAAGGCUUGGUAGAUCACCAGGCAACAACGACGCCAUGCGACGAGGCAAACUGACAGACAGAAAUUUCAUUCGCUUAGGAAGAUCCGGGCCACAGAACGACUAUGCCAGAGAAUGGGAGAAUUCGGAAAUGUCAGGCCGAUCUGACAACCCACCUACCAACAACAACUUUAUACGCCUGGGGAAAAGGGCGAAAGGCGGGGACGAACGCGAAAAUUUUGUACGUCCUGGACGCGAUGCCGAACAAACACCGGGCACUGAAAACAAGACCGUCAAACACACUCGAAACAGGCGAUCAGCGACAUUUUCUGGCGGCGAUGAAAACCCAGAAGACUCCUCCGACUGUCCCGUCGUUACUUCUAACAGCGCAAGCGACGACGACAAGAUAGCAUCGGCCUUUGAGUAUUCGCAGAUACCAUUUCAGUACUACUCCCCUCUCGCGUCGGGGAUACCAAAUUACAUUCUGGGCCCUUUAGGUAACGAGGAUGCGGCGAAAGGGAGGAAGGGGGGUGGGUUGCAAAAGAGACACUACAUACGGCUGGGCUGAACCACCCUGUAUUAGUGCAGCAAAUUUAACAGAUUAACUUCAUUGCUGCUGUACUGUCCAUGAUGAUGUUUCUUGCAUGCAACACAUAAAAUUGCUAAACGAUGUAAAAUCAUGGAGAAAUAUAAAACAUAAAAUAAAUAAUUUAUUUUUAAGUGUG